UGCAAUUUACCUGAGUUCGAGUUCGCCGGUGCAAGAUAUGGCGGAAGACACAUCGAGUGACAACCGGGAAGCGAAGAGACCUCAAUUUGGAACGCGAAAUUUGCCCCUUGAUGGAAAUGUCUUCCAACACAAUGCAUGGGAUAAUGUUACAUGGGAUGAGGAACAAGAAAAGCUGGCACAGCAAAAAGUGGAUGAGAAUUCUAUUGUUACACAAUCAUCUGAACAACUUUUGAAACAUGAUACUGAAGCAGAUAAAUAUUGGGAUAAGUUUUACGAUAUACAUAACAAUGGAUUUUUCAAAGAUAGGCAUUGGUUACUAAUUGAGUUUCCAGAAUUAGCACCUAAUACAGUUAAACAAGAGACUGAAAGACCCAUGAGAGCUGCACUUACGGACAAAGAUCAAAAUCAGGGAGAUAAACAUAUUAAAAUUCUUAGUCUACCCUGCAAAGAUGGUUGUAAAAUAUUGGAAAUAGGCUGUGGCGUAGGAAAUACCGUAUUUCCUAUACUAAUGUACAAUACAGACCCAAAACUGUUUGUAUAUUGUUGUGACUUUUCUGCGAAAGCCAUUGAUAUACUGCAGCAAAAUCCUGCUUACAAUGUAAAUAGGUGUAAAGCAUUUGUUCUAGAUGUAACUCAAGAAACAUGGACGACUCCUUUUGAGCUUGAAAGUUUGGAUAUCAUUGUUCUUAUAUUUGUAUUAUCUGCCAUUCAUCCUGAUAAAAUGCAGCACGUAGUGCGGCAAAUACACAGAUAUCUAAAACCGGGUGGAAUAGUUCUAUUUCGCGAUUACGGCAGAUAUGAUUUAGCACAAUUAAGAUUUAAGAAAGGUAAUUGUCUUGGAGAGAAUUUUUAUGCUCGUGGAGACGGCACCAUGGUAUACUUUUUCCAACAAGAGGAUGUCAGAAAAUUAUUUACCGAUAAUGGCUUCAACGAAGAACAAAACUUCGUGGAUAGAAGACUGCAAGUUAACAGGGGUAAACAAUUGAGAAUGUAUAGAGUGUGGGUGCAGGCUAAAUAUCGAAAGGCAUCCACGUAAAUAUCGCGUGUACUUGAAAUUUUCACUGAAAAAAAAAUGAAAGUACAUUAAAAAUCAA